AUGCUAAGGUUCCAUUGCUAUGCUAACAGUGAUGCACAUUACAAGCUAAGGGUAAGGGGAAGGGGAACUAACCUGUUCGCGGAGAAGAAGAAGAAAGCCUUGGCGCGCCUCGCGGAGAAGAAGCUUCACGGAGAAGAGAAGAAGAAGCAGAUCAUGGUUAGGACUAGAGGAUUAGGUCGUGCCUUAGGUCAGCGAGUUGUUGUGACUGCGGAUCACGUCGAUGAGCCAGUCAUCCCUACGCCAGAUGUUCAGGAUGACCCAAUGGAGGCACCAGCUGCUGUAGAGGACAUUCCUGUGAACACAGGUGCAAAGGCUGCUGAGGAUGAGCAUGAGGGAUUUCCGGGUGGUCCGAGUGACCCAUCCGUGUUGACCCUGUAUACGGAUCACGUUGCUUGCAGCGAGCGUCUUGAAUUGAAGCUAUCCUCUCAUGGGAGGAAGGUCCAUGGUUUAGGCAGGUCUGUCCCUGCCAUUGAUGGACUUAUUGCUGGUACAAGACUAAGUCCUCUGAUCGCGUGUUCGAGUCUGCCAGGGCUGAGACAGCCCAGUUUCGUGGAUCGUACGUACGCCUGCAAUGGGUACGUGAUAUAUAUGAGCGCCGAUGCCAGACAGAGUGCAACCAAUGUGCAUGUUGUCUACUUGGAGGCCCUUCGUGACCUCAGUAUGAUUGAGAGGUACGCCUGGGGAGUGGCUGCUUUGUGCUGGAUUUACGAGCACUUUCCCUCGGUCGCGGAGUCCACCACUGAUCAGGACUACGACGAGGCUUCCCCGCGUGCGUGCAGGUGGAUUGCGACGAAGAAGACCGUGAAGAGCAUUCGCACGCCGGCAUACACGGAGCGCCUGGACCGACUCCGGAUUCUGGAUGUCUGUUGGAUCCCUUAUGGGGAGCAUCGGGAGGUCCAGGACUUCCACGUCAGAUCAUGCUAUUCCGGUCUCUUGCGCUGGGGGCCUGUUGCUGUUUAUUACCGAUCGGAGAGGGUCGUGCGACAGUUUGGCUACACGCAGACCAUUCCUGCUUCUCCUGUCGAUUCAUGGGUCUCGUAUGAUGAUAUACACGACAGGUGGAUGCACUACGAGGAUCAUAUCGUACCAGCAGAUGAGGUGUGCGUUGUGCCAGGGGCGUGUUCCAGUGACUUCCUGGACUGGUUCUUCCGCAUCUCCCAUCCUUUCAUGACACCAGGCCACACAUUAGAUCCUCUGCCUCAUGGUCACGCCCUGCAGCCCCGAGUCGUCCCUCAGGCCCCGCAGACAGAUAUCCCUCACGUGCCGGAGCCAGGAGCAUUGUCCACAUCUACGGAGGAGCCUAGACAUGCAGUGGAAGUUUGUGAUGACAUUGCUGAGAGGUUGGAGCGCCAUCUGAGUCUAGGGGUGGUCACGCCUGGCUCAUCGACACAUGAGGUGAUCGAAGAAUGCCUCAGAUUGGCCAGGAGUGUGACACAGGACCAUCUAGUAUACGUUAGGUGUAGACGCAGGCGGCGCACUGAUCAGGCGUAG